GGACAAUGAGUGGAGGCCAGUGGAGGGAUUGGCAGAGGGGGGGGAGGACACUGAAUGGAGGCCAGUGGAGGGGAUUGGCAGAGGGGGGUGGGUGGGGGACACUGGAGUGGAGGCCGGUGGAGGGAUUGGCAAGGGGGGUGGAGGACACUGAGGGAGGCCAGUGGAGGGAUUGGCAGAGGGGGGUGGAGGACACUGAAUGGAGGCCAGUGUGGGGGGAUUGGCAGAGGGGGUGGAGGACACUGAGUGGAGGCCAGUGGAGGGAUUGGCAGAGGGGGGUGGGGGACACUGGUGGAUGGCGUGGUGGAGGGAUUGGGCAGAGGGGGGUGGAGGACACUGAGUGGAGGCCAGUGGAGGGAUUGGCAGAGGGGGUGGAGGACACUGAAUGGAGGCCAGUGGAGGGAUUGGCAGAGAGGGGUGGAGGACACUGAGUGGAGGCCAGGGGGGGAUUGGCAGGGGGGGUGGAGGACACUGAAUGGAGGCCAGUGGGGGUGACAGGGGGGGUGGAGGACACUGAGUGGAGGCCAGUGGGGGGGAUUGGCAGAGAGGGGUGGAGGACACUGAGUGGAGGGGGGUGGAGGGAUUGGCAGAGGGGGGGGGGGAGGACACUGAAUGGAGGCAGUGGAGGGGAUGACAGAGGGGGUGGAGGACACUGUGGGUGGGAGGCCAGUGGAGGGGAUUGGGAGAGGGGUGGGGGAGGACACUGAAUGGAGGCCAGUGGAGGGAUUGGCAGAGGGGGGUGGAGGUGGGGUGGAGUGGAGGCCAGUGGAGGGAUUGGCAGGGGGGGUGGCAGAAGCGGAGCGGUUGCGAUUGGGGGGGGUUGGAAGGACAGGGUGAGGGGAGUGAGGGGGA